CGUUACACAAGCAAAAGCGGAAAUUCUAUCCAAGGCCACAUUCUUUCUCUACACCGGCCGCUAGAGGCGACGCGAUCCACUUCUUGUGACUUUAUUAAACCUUUGAUUCGUGUGAGGAUUGAAAUCGAGUUAAAACAGGUGCGUUCAGACACGUUUUUAUAUGACGUCAAAAUACCGCGAGAGUCACUCGAAAGCGCAGUCAGCUCUAAAACGACUCUUACGACUAUGACGAUGACUUCGACCAAGCUCUACUAUGUGUCUAGAAUGAAACUCAAAAUGCAUUUAAUUUGUGUGUUGUUGAUGGUCUCUGUCUCCAUGGAUACAGGUUCUGUUGAGUUCUCAGCUCAGCCUGCAGGAGUCCUAAUUGCCGGAGAGUCACUGAACCUCAUGUGUUCAGUCAUCACACCAACUGAAAGUCUUUUAAGCCCCACAAUAACCUUUUUAGUGGAUGGCAGAGUGAUCAUGUCCAACACCAAUAGUAGUGACACAGGUGUCUUCAGCCACAGGAUUCACAAGGUCACCUCAAAGCAUUCUGGCAGGUACAGGUGUGCGGUUCGGCAGCAAUCGGGUGAACUGAAGGAGAGUAGACAUGUGCUCAUCACUGUGACAGCCAGAAAACCAAAGCCCACCUUAUCCGUGGAUCUACAAGAUGGCCUUGCAUUCUCCCAGAAUCCUGUUUCAAUGAUCUGUAGUCUUUCCAAGCACCAAGGCUGGAUGUUUCACUGGUACAAGGACGGUGAGGAGGUUCCUGUUUAUAUUCGAUGGGGAAAUGGUGGAGGGCAGGCCACAUAUUGGCUGUGGCGAGCCGAGCCUGCACAUAAUGGCCAUUACCGGUGUAGAGCAGGACGCGGAGAACCACAGUUUUACUCUGAAUACAGCCAAACAAUUAACAUUAACAUCACGGAUCUAUUUACUUCUGUGACAUUGACUGUGACUCCAGAUGUUGUAAAUGAGGGGCAAACUUUCCAGCUAGCAUGUCAUGCAGAAUUGAGCAGCCGGUUAGGACGAAAGGUUGAAGAUGUUCAGCCCACAUUUACGUUCCUCUGGAAUGGGUCACCUGUGCUCACUGACUCCAAAUAUCAGGUGUACAGUGUCUCCCAUGGAGGUCGAUACAGUUGUGUGGCUGUUUUAGGAAACUCCAGGCGUGCCAGUCAAGAGAUGUACAUUAUGAUAAAAGGGAAUCAGACCACACUUAUUCUGACCCAUGUUGUGGCAGCUUUGGUGCUGUUUGUGGCUCCAGCUGUGGUCUUCAUUUGUCGCUUUAUUAUUAAACGUUGCCAGUCCAAACGUGCCACAGUUAGAGAGUCUGAAAGCUGCCCAAACAAUCUAGAAGUAGUACAAGAUAUUUGCAACGGAAAGCAGCCCUGCUAAAUAUCUGCAGUAAAGAUUUGUAUUCGCAA